UGAAUGAAAGAAUCCAACCUCAGAGAGCAGCAGAGUAAUUCCGGGAAAAGGCGGACUGAACAUUGUGUCGCCGGAGUCGCGUCCACAAGCAGAGUGUCUAUAUUUGUUUCAACUGGUGUUUGGGGGGAAAGAAACUGGAGACAAUUGAAUCAUGACGACAGAAAGAAACAGCAAAGCCCUGAAGGUGAAGCAGGAAUGUGGGGAGAACAUGCCCAUCCUGUCAGACAGUGAGCUCAUGUCCCUUUCAGUGCGCGAGUUAAACCUCCACCUGCGUGGCCUCUCCCGCGAUGAGAUCCAGAAGCUGAAGCAGCGGCGUCGCACCUUGAAGAACCGAGGUUACGCCGCCAGCUGCCGGGUCAAGCGGGUCUCCCAGCGAGAGGCGCUGGAGCAGCAGAAGCAGGAGCUGCAGCGGGAGGUGGAAAGGCUCGGGGUGGAGAACGCCGGCAUGAGGAAAGAGCUGGAGGGUCUGGGCGCGCGCCUCGCCGCCCUCCAGAGAUUUGCCAGAGGUCUGGAAGCUGGAGGGGGCAGCUUGCUGGCCACAGCUCCACGACUCAACACCGCCUCCGUGAUCACCAUCGUCAAGAGUCCACCACAACCUCAGCCACAAAGAGAACACGGGCCGUCCUAGGAGGAGCUGCUGGAACCAGACUAGGAGGGGAGGGAUCAGAGGGACAGACAGUCUAUAUGCAAACACACUCACUGUACACACACAUGCACAUAUAAGUAGGAAAAUACUAAACACUUGUCUGCAUUUUCACAUUAUAUGCAGAAAGGUGUGUCAUGUUACCUAGCAACAACAACAGCUUGUCUUAAUUUCUCUAAAUAAGGAGCAGAAAAAGGUGAAAGUGUCCUCUGUCCAGUGCAGUUUAUUUUGAGACGGUGUUUCAAUUGAAAAAAAGUCAUUUUUGUGACACUUAACAUUUAAAAUCUUGUUCAGACAGAUGCUUAAGGCUUAAUGUGAACUAGGCAGUGAGCAUUUAUGUAUUCAUUCAACACACACACACAAACACACACGCACGCGCCUGCGCAAAACCAUUCACAGAGCCACGUGGGGCACAGAUGUCAACUAACAUGACCUUGACUGAAGCUAGACCGACCCAAACAGAACUGUUUUACAGCUCAACAAAUCCAGCUUGAUUGUGCCAGAGCAUCUUCCUGCUUCCGUUUACGGCUCCUAACCAACAACAGGGUCAAGCACGUGCAGCUUCCUGGACGUCCAUAAAGUCUGUUCUUCUGAUAUCUUUUUAGUCUGAAAGUACAAAUUAUGUCAGGUUCUAAACUCACGCGUGCAAACACAGUAAUGGAUGUAUUCAGAGAGUUUUUUGUUGUUGUUUUCUUUAGCCUCUUCUGUGCUCCUCAUGUCUGGUUUUGCAGUGAGUAUUCAGGGGACAAAAACGGUCCAAAUAUACUACAAACAAGAGAAAAGGACAAAGAAGCUCCGGGAAGCACACCAGACUUCUUUAAGCUAUCUACCUAUUCUGCAUGUGAGGGAAAACAUUUCAACUGUUCGUUUUCACAUUUCUCACGUCAAUGCAGUGCCUUCAGUGUAUGUGAGAGCUACGAGAACACACACAAGGGAAAAGGUAAAAACAAAAAACAGGUUGUAAUCACAUCUUCUUUUCUGUUUAAGAUCACAUAAAACUUUCUUUAUGAUUGCUGUGGAUUUUCAUGUUUUCUGCAUGACGCCACACUGCUCACGUUACAAAUCUUCCUGUGUGGGAAUUCUGCCGCAGUUGGUUUUGGCGUCUUUUUUUCUCAAACAACAAAAGUUUGUCAUUUUGCUAAAAACGCGUUAAAGCAGGAAAGUCGUACCUGGGCAGGAAUUCCACUCACGUUGAUGCAAAUCCUCUGCAUACAUUCCCGUUUUAUUAUUUGUAAUGUUUGUAUUUGCAGCUGAGAUACGAAAAUGUUGAGUGACGUUUGUAAAAGAUUAUAUAUAUCUAUAUAUAUAUCUAUAUGUAUAUAUAGAUAUAUAUAUAAUUAUUUGUAUUUAAAAGUAGAUAUAAUUAAAAGACAAGCUAAUGAGUGCUGUGACGUUCUACAUGUUUUCAAAAGUACUUACGACUAGUCUGAGGUUUUUCUCAUGUCUCAUUGUGUUGCAACGACGAUUAUGAAAUGUUAAUUAUUAGGUGUGUAGAAAAACUCAAAGCCGAUGGCCAUAUUGCUGUAUGAUUUUUUUCUUUUCGUGUGUCUGUUUGCCAACUCUGUACCAGCUUGUCAUAGUGGAUUCUUGGAGGGACUUUAUUUUUAUAUGAUGAUUUGUAUGUUGUCUGUGAAAAAGCAAGGUCACAGCAUCGUCGUCGAGGGUGGGGUGGGGGGAGUUAAAGGAACAGGUAUGAAGUGAGAUAGAAACCAGAAGGUUGAGAGGUUGAUGGAUGUUGGAGAACGAAAGAAGGCAAAGCAGGUUGAAAGAGUGUAAGGAGAUGACGCUUGAUUCACUUGAAGACCUCCGUCAGACGUUGGCCUGUUUCAGUCAAGAUGUGUUUUCUCGGCUCAAGCGGGCCUAAACUAAGGAGUUUAGGCCACUGAACAGUGCAAGCAAUAUUAUAUAUAUGACUAGGCAUUGUUACACAAUAACUGUGUUGACAAGUAACUCCUAAAGAUAUGAGGCAUAUAUUUAUCUAGACAUGAAUAUCUUUGUGGGAAAGCAUUUAUUCUCAAUAUUUUAACAUCUUACACCUGUCAAUUUGUGCUGGAUGUUUUGUAAUACCUGCAAAACAAAAAUGGUCUUUGUAUUUAUUACAUGUAUUUUUUUUCUAUUGUGAAAAUUUAAGUACAUUGUCUAUUUUAUAUAUUAAUUAUAAUAAAUGUUGUACAUAUUGUACAUAA